UUAAAAAUGAAUUUUGGUUGUGCCGGUGAUCCUGAUAUUAAAAAUUGUGCCUUUUGUGGCGAGAAAGUUCAAAUAGCUGAUAAAUUGAUGGUUGACCGAGAAAUUAUUCAUAAAGGCUGUUUUAAUUGCUGCUAUUGCGGUGCUAAACUACAAGCAGGGAAUGCAGCUAUGGAACAAUCAUUCUUCAAUCGCUAUGGUCCUCGUUGGUAUUGUGCCGGUGCUUUAGGUAAUUGUGCUUUAGUGCCUGUUGCACAGAAGGAUGCGAAACUUAAAGAGCGUGGAUUGAAUGUUAAGAAAACUGGAAAGGCCAAAAAAUAA